GUUCUUCUUGAAAACAAGAAGAUCAUAGUUUUCCUUGCAACUAACAUAACCUAAAUUGCAUUCUAUGCAGGAGGUAAUGAAUUUCUUUGAACAGCUGAUUACAGGCAUGGGUCAAAAUGUCAAGUUCUGCAUACAACACGUGUGCGAAGGAGAUGAGCUUAUAGGAGCAGCAAACUGGCACAUGGAAUGGAAAGACAAACAGAUCCCCUACACCCGAGGCUGCAGCUUCUUUGAAUUCUCCAAAAAAGGGGAAAAAAUAAUACUCAAGAAAGCCCAAAUUAUCAUUGAAUCACCAAUCAAACCAGGAAGUGUAGUGCUGAGUCUGUUAAAGACAGUGACUGCACUCUUUGAUGGUUUCCCAAAAACUACCGAAUGGUUCCUAAAGAGUCCUCAUAUCGUUUUUCAAUGGUUAUGGAAGAUAUACACAAUACUUUUCGCACCACUUGUAGACAGCUACUUAAGGCUUUGGAACCUUGCAGCUCGAUUGCUCAGCUAUGCAUACUACAUUGUGCUUUACAUUGCAAAGUUUUUCUUCAAGUAGAGAGGAUCAGACAAUGCCAGCGUUAGAAGGACAGAUAAAUCACCUUUCAGUCAUCAUUGUUAUCGCGACUCCACCA